GCUACUCACAAUCUAGCUUUCUGUGGUCUGCAUUCCUCUCUUUCAUCCAUCCGGCUUCCUGAUCCGGUCGUCGGAGCAUUUGUGGAUUGCCUGGUGCUUGUUUCUGCGCUCAUUGCUGCACCCUGGCAACUCAGUUGCAUCGAUUGCUCCGCUCAGGCAGGGAAAUCCAAAACCGAAACGGGUCCUGAAAUUCUCGAAUUUAGGGUUGCGGACAAGUCGAUGUCAGAAAGAAGGUCGAGACUUCUGUAACUAGUCGUGCUGGCUAAGAUUAGAUUUAACGCCGUCUCUCGUCAGGCCAGCUGGCUGCUCGCCGGCUGAUGCGGCGAUGACGGGGCCGCUGCCGUCGCCAGCCAAUCGCACGCGGUUCAAGACGCCCGAGGGGCGAUACCUGCUGUCGCACGAGAAGCUUCAUCCCGCGGGACUCAUCCAAUACGCGCAUCAACGCAGCCCCACCAAGGUGCCGCCCGCUCGCCACGUGUCCGGCGCAGAUCCCUCCAUCGCAAGGAUCACAUUAGCGCAUCUCGAGGAUCGGCCUCCGCCUGUUCGCCCUCCUUCACCGUUGCCAGCUGCCACGUCAGCAGGCUCCAGAUUCGCCAAGAACUUUCUAGGAGCGGGAAGCGGCACUCGAGGGCUGCCCUUUGGCGGUGGAAAUGGCCGGCAGUCAGCAACGGCACCAGCAGCCAGUGGCGCAUCUGCCGGCACGGGGGCUGCAGGCAGCAGCAACGGGCCCGUGGGGAGAACAGGGGGAGGUGGAGGGGGGGGGGAGAAGGAGAAGGCGGGGGGCGAGGGGGAGGGGUCGUAUGUGAUCUUCAACGUUGGCGAAUCACUCUUUGUGGCGGAUGCCAACAGCACAGACAAGGACCCCCUGAAGGCCAUCCAGUUCAACGCCACCAGCGGCCUCUGCCACGCCUUUGACGCCGCUGCAGCCUCCAGAGACGCCCAGGGCACGGCGCCCAGGGACGCGCACGACCUCCUUAUCGGCACCAACUCGGGCGACAUCUACACGGCGUCCCUGAGAGCGCAGCUGGCGGACGGCACCAAGAAGCUGGUGGGGGCGGCGCACUACAGCAACAGGGACAGCGCCGCCAGCAGUGGCAGCGGCAUUGGGAGCAGCAGCAGCAGCAGCAGUGGCAAGGACAGCAGCGGUGGCAGCGGCAGCCGGUGCACGGCGGUGGCGUGGGUGCCUGGAUCCGAUGGGGUGUUUGUGACCGCACAUGCCGACGGCAACCUCUAUGUCUUUGACAAGCAUCGCGACGGCACCACGGAGCCGGCCUUUCCUCCCAUCAAGGACCUCCAUGCUUUCUCCACGGCUCAUGCGCGCUCCAACAAGAGCAAUCCCACGGCGCGGUGGCACAUCUCUCCUUCAGCCAUCACUGCCAUCGCCUUCUCGCCCUCUGGCUCGCACAUGGCCACCGUGUCAAGAGACGGCUAUCUGCGGGUGUUUGAGUGGGAGCGGGAGGCGCUGGAGGGCGGGUGCAAGAGCUACUACGGUGCGUUCCUCUGCUGCGCCUUCAGCGGCGACGGGCGGCUGGUGGCGGCAGGGGGGGAGGACGACCUGGUGGCGGUUUGGGACCGACACUCGCAUUCCGUGCUCGCGUGGUGCGAGGGGCACUGCUCUUGGGUCACCGCUGUGGCGUUUGACCCCUUCCUCGCCGCCACACCCCCCUCAUCAACCACCGCCCCUCCUGCCACCACCACCACUGCUGCCGCCACAACCCUCCCUUCCUCCACCGCCAUUCUCCCCACCAGCACCAGCAGCAGCACUGCUUUGGCGAGCCCUGCAGGUGCAGUGGGGAGCUACAGACUGGGCUCCGUGGGGCAGGACACCCAAUUGCUCCUAUGGGACGUGACUCUAGACGAUGUCGUGCUCCCCCUGCGCCACCACGCACCCCAUCCCCACCAUCAAUCACCAGCUGCCACGUCAGCAUCCCACCCUCAUGACGUGGCUUCGACCAGCACCCCACCCGUCCCCCACUCGCACUCUCGCUCCCACUUCUCCCACUUCCACUCUCACUCACCCGGCCACGCCUCCCCUAGCCGAACACAUGGCGCCACAUCAGCACCAGGAACCGCCUCGUCAGCUUCAUCACUAGGUCCGGGCAGAACUAGUGGCGGCAGCAGUGGGGCUUUAAGAGAUGCAGCUGCAUCUAAUGCAGCAGCAGCAGGGGUGCUGGUUCCGCCUCCUUCGAGAAAGGACGUGCCGCGAAUAUCACCAGUCAUGGCACACAAGGUGCAUGUGGAGCCGCUCUCCUCGCUGGCCUUCGCCAGGGAGGGGGUGCUCACGGCGUGUCACGAGGGCUGUGUCAAGCUCUGGAUCCGCCCCGGGGUCACGCCCCUGCCCGGCAGCAUUGCCGCCUCCUCCGCUGCUGCUGCCACGGCCGCCACCACUGCCCCUGCCCUCGCUGCUGCUUCCGGUCCUGCUGCUGCUGCUGGUGCCACCACUGCCGCUGCUGCCCUCCCUGCCGCUUCCCCCUCGCCCCUGCCAGCCAACCCCCAGUUUGACUCUGCCUCCCUGGGUGACCCGCUCUCUGCAUCGGACGUGGGUUCCGCCGUGCACCGUAUGACAGCCGUGGAUCCCCCUGGCAGCCUGGGUGCUGCUGCUGCAUCAGCGAGAGAUGUGAGGAUGGGCGUCUCAGGCCAAAGGGGAGCGAGAUGAUUGCGCCUUCGCAAGGGCAUGUGCUCACGUGCCUAGAAAUGCAUCCAAGCCAAUGGCAUGGUGUAACAAAGAACGCUAUAACAUGGCAAUGGGCUGUAAAGUAGCGGUCCCCAUGCUGUGAGCUGUAGUGGCCAUGGCACCAGAUGGAUGUCGGAUGUGCCCAUGGACAUGCAGCCAGAUCCUCACGACGGACCAAGCUUCGUGGAACGAUGUCGGUUUAUGAUAUUCUGGUUAAUGCAUUAUGCAUGUAAGGUUAAUGGCCACCAGAGAUGUUGGUGAAAUGUUGUGACGAGGAAUAAAAGGGUCCAGGCACA